AUGUCCAUCCCGAAAUACCAGACAGCAGCUACGAUUGAGCGCCCUCGCCCCGGCGCUAAACUGGAUCUCCGUCAUGAUAUCCCCGUUCCGGAGCCAAAGGCAGGCGAGGUGUUGAUUAAGUUGGAAUGCACUGGUUUCUGUCACUCGGAUCUACACAACAUUAAUGGAGAAUUACCCAUGAGCACGAAUGUCCCCGGCCACGAGGGGAUCGGGAGGGUCGUCCAAGUUGGCCCGGAUACGAGCGAGGAAAUAAUGGGGAAGCGCGUGGGAGUCAAAAUGUCCCGGGAACGUUUCAGCGUAUGCCAUUCUCAAGUCCAGGGCUCUGGUGAACUGCUAACAGCGACAGAAUACAUCGUCUCUCCGGCCAAUUUCAUAUCGAUCAUCCCGGAGGACCUGAAGCCAGAGGCCGUUGCACCUUUGUUAUGCGCCGGGCUGACCAUGUACGGCGCGCUGAACAAAUUGCACAAGUUCUGCCAAAAGGGCGAUUGGGUCGUAAUUAUGGGCGCCGGUGGCGGAUUGGGCCAUUUAGGGAUUCAAAUCGGAAAGGAAAUGGGGUACAAUAUCAUCGCGGUAGACAGCGCAACGAAGCAAGACAUAUGUAUGGAGUCCGGCGCGGCGGCAUUUGUCGAUUUCCGCAACGAUGUGGAAAAAGAAGUCCAAAAUCUAACCGAUGGCGACGGGGCGCACGCCGUCGUGGUAGUCGUCGGUCUUGCAACCGCAUACAACCAAGCUCUCCGACUCCUUCGCCCCGUCGGGACGCUCGUCUGCGUUGGUCUCCCCUCGCAAGACUACCGCAUGCCUAUCUCGCCGUUGGACUGUGUGAAUCGCGGGUUUCACGUUGUUGGGAGUUGUGUGGGGACGGAAGAGGAGAUGCAGGAUCUCCUGAGAAUGGCAGCGGCCGGGCGGGUGUCUACACACUAUCAGGUUUUUGAGUUAUCAGAAGUAAACACAGUAAUUGAGCGGUUGGAACGGUUUGCGAUAGAGGGCCGGGCCGUUUUGCUGAUUCCGUCGGAGAGUCCGAGAAUUAGUGGAGAAAUGAGUUAA